UUGGUCCACCGGAAAAUGAAAAUGACAUUAACCAAGAUGGCGCCGGGCGACCGAGUAAAGUGAUGAGAGGAUAGAACAACAAGCGAUUCAACUAAAUAACAGUGCGCAUUGAUGUCCUCCGCGCGGCUAUUUUUAAACCAGACAUCUAUCGUAUCACCGGGGAACCGUAAAGCGCGCGCCGAGAGUUCGCAUCGGUCUACGCGGAUCUGAUUAUUCAACUGUUGGCUAGCUGCUAAAGUAGCCACCGUCGCUAACGCUCGCUAACUGCGGAAGAGGAGCGAGCAGGAGGCAGGCGGCUCGAACUAAAGCCGACAAGUCAAAGCAGGACUUUUUUUUGUGUGUGUGUUCAAUCGAGCGACCCGCUCUCAAUUUGCACAUCGACUCGCCCGAGUUAUCGUUUUUAGUUCGUGGGACGGUCCGGCUCGUCGUAACCAGAAAAACUAACGAUCCACCUCUGAGAAGGAGAGACGAGGAAAGGCGUCAUCCUUGCUGCUCUGACGCCAUGGCUCUUUCACCUAUUCAAAGUGGACUGCCGGGGGUUCAGAAUUUCCGAGCUGAUCCCGAAGAGUUUUUCACCAAGAUGGACAGAAUAGGGAAAGGCUCCUUUGGGGAAGUUUUCAAAGGCAUCGACACUCGGACACAGAAAGUUGUGGCCAUUAAAAUUAUUGAUCUGGAAGAAGCAGAGGAUGACAUAGAAGACAUUCAACAGGAAAUCACCGUUCUCAGCCAGUGUGACAGUCCAUUCAUCACCAAGUAUUAUGGAUCAUACCUAAAGGGUACAAAGUUAUGGAUUAUCAUGGAAUAUUUGGGUGGAGGAUCAGCCCUGGAUUUGUUGGAGCCUGGUGCUCUGGAUGAAACACAGAUCGCCACCAUUCUGAGAGAGAUCCUGAAAGGGCUCGAGUAUCUGCACUCUGAAAAGAAAAUCCAUAGAGAUAUCAAAGCUGCCAACGUGCUGCUGUCAGAACAAGGCGACGUGAAGCUGGCAGACUUUGGAGUGGCGGGCCAGCUAACGGACACGCAGAUCAAAAGGAACACAUUUGUUGGAACGCCUUUCUGGAUGGCGCCCGAGGUCAUAAAGCAGUCCGCCUACGACUCAAAGGCGGACAUCUGGUCGUUAGGAAUAACUGCAAUAGAACUGGCCAAAGGAGAGCCGCCACACUCUGAACUUCAUCCCAUGAAGGUCCUAUUCCUCAUCCCAAAGAACAACCCCCCCACACUGGAAGGGAACUACAGUAAACCACUUAAAGAGUUUGUUGAAGCCUGUUUAAAUAAGGAGCCUAGCUUUAGGCCAACUGCCAAAGAGCUGUUAAAACACAAGUAUAUUGUAAGGCAUUCCAAAAAGACGUCCUAUCUGGCAGAGCUGAUCGACCGAUACAAGAGGUGGAAAUCCGAGCAGUCUCGUGCUGAAUCCAGCUCUGAUGAAUCUGACGAGGAGUCAAACGGCCAGGCUUCUGGAGGAGACGAUGCUGCCAACGACGACUGGAUCUUCAACACCAUCAGGGAGAAGGACCUCAAGAAGUUUCAGAAUGGGGCGGCACAGCCUGCUGAGCUCGAAAGCAAACCGGAGAGUCCAAAAAGGCCUUUGUCACAAAGCUUAUCCACCAUCUUCUCCCCGUUGUUCACUGAGCUGAAAGAAAAGGGCGAGACGCGUAACGGCAAGCCGGGGGCCGUGGAGGGGCUUCAGGAGGCCGUGUUCCUGGCAGAAGAAACCCACCCGGGGAUCUGUGACUCGCUGGUAGCUGAACUAGUGCAGAGACUCCAGAGGUUUUCUGUGCCCCAGGCCACUGCCGGUCAUUGAGAGGCGCCACGUCCAGCGUCGCUCCACUUUCCCACCCCGAUGGCGGCAGUCGGAUCUUUUCCUCUGACCUCCGGAGCCGGGAUGAAGUCUCCCAGGAAUGUCUCCAUCACCCGUCUGGCUGAAGCAAAACCCUGGCCCAUAUAAAGUCUGUUUAUCCGCUAGCACGCCACCCCCGAGGGUCGUAACCGGGACAGUCAGUGGCCAGCGGCCACCUGCUGUAUAAUGUCCCUCCUCAAUACCGUCACAACUGUUUGUUCGUUUUAGUUCCGAGGGCGGAGUCCGCCGUCUCUCUGCAAGGACUCCCCCAAGUUGUUGAUUUUGACGAGCGUACGGCUUUUUUCACAAAGGUUUACACUCUGCCUCUUUUAAUGGAGAGGAACACCUUGCUUAAGUGUGCGUGCGUGCGUGCGUUUGUGUGCGUGUCUGUGAGAGAUCAUGUGACGUGUGCGGUGAAGCGUUCUAUUGAAACCUCAGGUAUCCUGCUUCAAGAGGAUUGGGUUCUCUGGGAGACGGAAAGAGCUCGAUAGGGUGGUUGUACAGACUUGUAAAUAUGCUGAUUUCUACAGAUUCAUGGAAAAAAAACAAAAAAAACAAAUAAUGAAGUGUUUGUAAUGGAACCACUGUGUACAAAUGGCCACAUGCAAUCUGUAGAUAGUGGUUGUGAGGUAAAUAUUUUGAGAGUCUAAAUAUGGCCAUAGAUGAGAUUGCCUUGCCUUUCUACUCGUUCUUUUGUACAUCGGUCUUUUGAUUUCUCCGCUUGUUUAAACGUACUCCAGUGACUGAAAAUAGCUUCCCUGUAUCAUGUUCUACCAUUCGUUUGCUUUACAUUUCUAUUUUCUUUCAUUUAUUUAUUUUUGGUUUUACACACAACUCCCCCCCCCCCCCCCCCCCCCCCCCAGAAGGCUGGCUCGAUGAAGCCAUGGAGCGGUUGCCAGCUCCCGCUCCACAAGGCCCCCACUCGUGUUGUUUUGGUGGACUUUGCCUCUUCGUGUUGUCGACUGGUAGGAUGAGCUGAGGCUUUGCUCCCUUCACUUCAUUAACAGAGCAGACGGUGUUAGUCUUCCUCAGAGCUGCAGCGGUACUAUCCAUCUCCUCGGCUUACCUCCUGCUUUAAUUGCACUUCGAGUACAAAUGCCUUUUUGUCUAUAAGCAAAGUAGCCAUAAAUCAGUAGCACAGGACUCGCAGGUGUGCUCUCUGGGACAAAAAGUCCCCCUGAAGUCUCGCAGGUGGGACUUCCGGUGCGAUGUCUGCUCGGGCCGGAUCUUUCCAUUUGGACUCGAGGGGUUUUCACUUGUACAGUAAAUGAAAAGACUUCUCACAGAGCAGACCGCAGUGCUCUCCGAUGUACGCGUUGACGUUGUUGAGGGGGUUCCAGCAGCAUGUGUUGUAGCAUGCUGGGAGGAACUGGAGGAACGUCGAGUCCUGAUCAGCCUUAGAUUAUUUUGGAUGAAUAGUAUCUCCUUUAAAAUGUUUAAUGCUUUUGUUGUGAUUUUUUUUUUUUUUGCAUUAAAAUGGCAUAUGCAGCGAUACUUUUAGAAGACGAAUGAUAAAAGAUCAAACUUAUUUAUUUCAUUCCUUGUCAGUAUGAUGGAUGAAUGAACAAAUGGACUCCUUCUCAGAUGAGGGAUUUAUCAUCAUUCUUGAAUUCUACAGUCGGUAAGCAAGGCGAGUUAAAGCAACGUUUUACUCGCUCUGUCGAGGGCCGUUGGAUAAGACGAUCAACUUCUGUUAUAUUUUCCCUUUAAAUAUACAGCUACGCUGGUUAGCUUAGCACAAGGACAGGAAACCGCUAACGCCAACCCGCCUCGGUCCAGAGGCGACGACUUAUGUUGCUGAAGAAACAUUACUUACAGUGCUGUCAAAUCCUUCUUACUCUGAUUUCCACAUUGAAAUGCAACAUUUUCCUUGUAUUUCUGAUUGCUGAAGGUUUAAUGGGUAGAAGUUUACGUAUUUCUCAAAGUAUAAGCCAACUCUCAACUGUUCCGCCUCGUGUUUUCUGCUCUUCUGUGAAAAAUGACGGCUCUUCAUUGAAACUUGUGUACUGUGCCACGCCCCCCCAUCCCCAACUGAGACCAAUACAACUUUGACAUGGUCUGUUAUGACGAUAUCUUUUGAUGUAUUUGCACUUUGCAAAUUUAUUUUGUUUUCCAAAGGCUACGUCAUGUCUCAAUUACACCAGUUUGAUUUCCUCCCCCUUCCCCUUUGUGUUGUAUGGCAAUAAAGCAGUGUGAUCGCCAAGGGUCAAUCCUUAGCACAAGUAGGCAUAUAUUCUAUUAAACUAUUUUUAUAUCCCAAAAGAGCAGUAUUACGUAAUAGCGGGAGUAACGUUCUGUGAUGUGUAAAAGUUUCAGUAAACACUGGAUAGCAAUCACUUAAAAUGUGCACUUCAUUUUGUGUGACUUUAGUCAUUUCUAAAUGUUUGAUCAUUCAGGACGUUGCUGUGGGACUUAAUGAAAGUUGUGAAAUGAUUUUAAGGAGAAAAAAAUUAAAAUACAACUUGAUGAAUGGUUUUGCUACUGUUUGAGCGAGUCAUGUGACGUGAAGUUUAUUUUCUUUUCGAUUUAGACAUUUAAGUGCACCCAUCAACCUAAAGUGCCUUAAGUUUAAAUGCAACCCUUGGAUGUUGUAGUGUAAAAGAGUCUUCAUUUUGUUUCACUUGUACACUGUAGUGUGUGAUAAUGGUACAUUCUAAUAAUGCACAACCUUAUUAAAAGUCAGAUCAAAUAUA